UAUGCAGGUAGAGAAGAAGACAAGAAUCAGUUGUGACGUUGAUGAUUAUCAUGAAUUCAAUUAAUUUGGUUUGUUAUCAAAGAUGAAUUGCGGCAUACCAUUUUCCUUCUUCCUCUUCCUCUUCCUCUCAACAGUAACCAUUGAUAGCGACCGAUACGUGGAGCGUGGUAUGGCGGGUGCAGGCGUGGGCCGAGUUUCGGGACCACGACCUUGCCACGUGUACGGUGGAUCUCCACCGCCCCCGACUCCCCCUCCCCUAUAAAUCCCCCUCUUCCACUUCCCUCAUCAUCAUCAACUCAUUUUUCUCUCUCUCACAAAUCUCCCCUUUUAUUCCCCUUUCCCAUUCAAUCAACCAACAAUCAUGUCUUGCUGCGGAGGAAACUGUGGCUGUGGAUCUAGCUGCGGCUGCGGCAGCGGCUGCAGCGGCUGCAAGAUGCACGCUGACUUGAGCUACUCGGAGGCCGCCGCCGCCACUCAGACCUUGGUUCUCGGCGUUGCCCCCCAAAAGACAUAUUUUGAUGGGGAGUCUGCAGAGGUGGGUGCUGAGAACGGCUGCAAGUGCGGAGAUAACUGCACCUGCAAUCCAUGCAACUGCAAAUGAAGUUAAAAACAGAGCGACGAAGCAGAGAUGAUGAAGACGAUAUUGGUGAUAUUAAAUUAGUAUAUAUGCAUUAUAUUUUAACUUUGUGUCUGUGUCUAAAAUGAGGAACAGGAUUGUGUGAGGUGCUAUCAUCAUCAUCAUCGUGAUGGUGGUGAGCCUCAGUUUAAUAAUCUUGUGUCCCUUUUUUGUAAUAAAAGUAGCCAAUAUUCUUGAUUGAAGUUGGCUGCUUUUGAGUCUCUGUUUUUGAGUCUUAGUGUUGCCAUCUCUGCUGUUUGUUGUGCAUCUAAUUGUAUGGGAAGAGUUGAGUUUGGAUUAAACUAAUCAAAACUCUGAUUUCUUCUA